AUGGCCGCCACUCCCUUCGAACCCCCCCACGCCAGCCUCUUCGACAUCUACAAUGACGCGACGGCCCCGCCCGGCCUGCCCUGCGGCGGCUGCAACUUUGCCGACCUGACCCCGGGCGCCAAUGGCCUCAAGUGCGGGUGUCGCCGCUUCUGGGCUCGCCACGUCCUCGGCAGCCCCGUCCCUGACCAGGCCGGCUGGUGCAUGUGCAACCAUCACGCCUGCUACCACGAUCAAGGCCCGCAGCCACCUCCCCUGGCCCAUGCCCCUGGACAGGAGAAUGAGAAGCCGAGGGCGGGCCGCGACCCCUUGAGCCCCGUCUUCGGCACCUCCUUGACGACGCCCCCGGCCUUCCCCGGCAUCGACUUCACCAGCUUCGGCGACCCUGCGCCCUUGUCAUUUGUCCACGACUUGCCCGACGAGUAUCACGACUGCUCCAGAGUCAGUGCCAGCCAGCCCCCCGGCUCUUUGCCUGAUACCUUGGCCUGGGGCGACGUGAUGAACUCUCCUGCUCCCGCAAUCGCGAAUCCCUUGCCCCCAAUCCCCUCCCAGUGCCUCAUACCCUCCCAGACGGCCUCCACAGCCCCGUCCGUUCAAGCAAGGUACCUGCGACCCUUUGCGGGAAAAGGUCUACGGACACUGGCCAGUGUCAGUGAUGCGAAUGUCCCUUCUUCAGCCCAGCAGCCCACCGACGUGCACCCGGCCACGCACGCUCAGGAUGCAUCGUUUGUGUUUGUGCAGCGCGAGGAGCAGCGCGGAGCAACGUCUCGGCCCGGCUCUGCUCCGAGCACGCAAUCUCGUGUCGCCCAAGGGCCGGCUGGCGCGGAUGUGGGCGCCGUGAGAGACUUGGCCAACACCGUCGGUGAGCACGCACAUCGCCUGGACCGCCUCGAGACUGUUUCUUUCCACGAAGAAUGCCACGACAGGAUGGAGAACAUCGAUGUCCGAAUGUCUGAGUUGGAGAGCAGGGUGGACGAGGUGGAGAAGCUCACCAACGACAAUGCCAGCGUGGCGACUGCCCGUGCCGCCCGGGACGACGAUGCCGCUACCCAGAGCGGAGCCUCGGCAUCCACGAGCCUCGCCAGCCGCGCCCAGCCUUUUCCUAAUGUCUUGGGCCAUAUUCAAUCCCUCCAGGCCCAGGUCGCCAUGCUCCAGUCCUAUCUCCCUUCGCCGCACCACGCCUGGGUCGUCGAGGUUGUCUUUCUCCCCUUUCCCCUCAAGAGACUCUGGCAGGAGAUUCACCAAUUCCGUUCCGACGCGGCCGCAGACGGCGACGACUGGACCCAGCUCCCCAUGACCCUCAGCACCGCAACAAGGCGCUCGCAAUCGCCCUUUUGCAACGACUGGGCAACGCCCAGUAACGACGCAGAGUGGCUGCUGCCUAGAGCGUGCAGCAACACGAGCACAGUGGAUAGGCGACUGCGGAGCCGGGGCCUGAUCCAGACCGUCUCGGUCAAGGGUCCCGACUACCGCAGCGUCCAGGCCGCCGUCCAUGCGGCCUUUGGCAGCGUGUUCCGAGAACUGCGCCUCGUCCCGCGUGCGUAUCCGUCCGAUGCUCCAUCGGCCAGGUUCCUCGGGCUGCACCAACAAUGGGUGCCUCUCCGCAAAGUCCACAAGGAUUCCCGGUUACGGUUCCUAAGCCCGGCCGAAAUGAUGACUCCGGGCCUGUGGGACGUGCAGUUUCUCAGCUCCGUCAUGAUGCGGUCGUCUGAGCCGAGGCUGUUCAUUACGCAUCCCGACGCCUACCUGCAGGACUCUCAGGCCUAUGCGGCCGGAUGGACGUGGCAGCGAGUGCGCGAGAUGACCCGCGUUUACCCGGACGUGACAGAGUCGUCAGAGGUGCCCGAAGCAGACGCCCUCGAGGAACACUGGGCCUGGAGCGAGCAGCUGGAUGAGAGGCCCCCCGCCCGCGCGUCUUUGAGCAUGCGCCGGGACCGUCAGCGCGUGUCCAUGUCGCCGUUGCUGGCCCGUGGCUACAGCGUGCGGUCCUGGAGGCGGUCCACGAGUCCAGUUGUCACGCGUGGUCAGUCUCCGCUGACGGCGCGGUGGAGAGACUCGGCAGUGCCGCCUCUGGUUCGCACGACAUCUGUCCCGGUCGUUGCCCCGGCGCGGCCUUCACCCGCAGCCAGCGGAAGCCGCGUAGUGUCACACGGCCAGAGCCGGCGCCCCUCGCCGACGAUGCGGGUGACGUCGCAGGCGCGCGUCAUAAAGAGGCGCCGGACGCGGUCACCGAGUCACCACCAGCACUUCACCCCGAGAUGGACGGCCUCGCCGAGUCCCAUGCUGCCCAGCCUCAUCGACCGCCAGGCGCCGCGGGGCACGACGCCGUUUGCCUACGCGACGCCGCACAGCAACGCGCCGCUGCAGGAUAUUCGGCUCCUGCGCGGCAGCAGCGCCGCCCGCACCGGCACAAUGCAUGCUCCCGAGCCGGGCUACGUUCUCCCAGACGUGGACCUGUACGGCAGCGGAUCGGAUGAGUCUUAUGUGGACGGGGAGGAUGACGACGACGAUGAUGAUGAUGACGACGGAGGCGAGAGUGACGGCCUGGCUGCGCGUCGGCUUGUGCUCGACUCGCAGCGGUGGCAUCUCCCCGAGGAUGAGCCCUGGCCCGGCAUCGAGGACCAGGACGGCAUCGUCGAGGACGGGGAGAAUGUGGAUCCGCGCGAGCAAGACGGCCAGAGCGCGUCGAGCAGCCAGCCGUCCGAGUAUCCAAGCACGAACCGCCCGUGGCCCGGCGAGGACGCGGUGGGGUUCCGCAUCCACGAGGAUGAGUGA